CUCCUUUCCCCUUUUUUUUUCCCCAAAUUACUGAAUUCUCUCAUCUUCUUCCUUCUGGAAAAAGUUGCAGAAAUUCUACACAGCACGAGAUGGAUCCAGAAGCAGUAUCGAAAGCAUUUGUAGAACACUACUAUUCAACAUUUGAUGCAAAUCGUGGGAGUCUAGGGAGUUUAUAUCAAGAAACAUCAAUGUUAACGUUUGAAGGUCAACAGAUCCAAGGAUCGCAAAACAUUGUUGCUAAAUUGAAUAGUUUACCAUUCCAACAAUGUAAACAUACAAUCACAACUGUUGAUUGUCAACCUUCUGGUCCUGCCGGUGGUAUGAUUGUCUUUGUUAGCGGUAGUCUUCAACUUGCUGGUGAACAACAUGCCUUGAAAUUCAGUCAGAUGUUCCAUCUGAUGCCAGCUCAAAACACCUUCUACGUUCAGAAUGACAUAUUCAGAUUGAAUUAUGCUUGAGAGGAUGGGGUGAAGUUGGAGCUUUUUGAAUCAUUUGAUGAAAGCAUGUUAUUGUGGUUUUUAUGUAUGGAAAAGGUAUUAUCAAUUGGGAUGUCUGAGAAGGAACCCAUGGAAUCAGAUACUGUUUAGUUUUGAUUUUUAGCGUUUAGACUUUUUUUUUAAUGAGGAUGAAGGGAAUUGCUCCUCCUUCUGGAUUUGCUUCUUUAUGUCCUAUCUUGAAAUUAUUUUGCAAUCUUGUGGGUGUUGUCAAAUUGAUAGAAAAUAGUACCAAACACGAGUUUGUGUUGAUUGUGUUCAUUACUUCAUUUUGCA